UCUCCAACCCAAAAUAAUCGUUCGCCGGAAAUAUUAUCAAACGGUUGCCGGAAUCCAUGGAUCUAAACUUUGUAAUGGAUGCAAAAAGAGCUUACAACGAUCAUAGAUGGACGAACGAGAGGCACCUUCAUUUCCUGAAAUCUGUAGAGGCUUCGUUCGUUCGAACAAUGCUGGAGAACAGCGACGAUCGCGUUUUUCUUCCGAUGGAUCGGUACUCGCCGGAUAGUUGCGAAUCGACGUUAGACUCGAAGCGGAUGAAGACGGCGCCGACUGGUGCGAAGAGAAGAAAAAGGCAGUUUCCGGCAGUUGAAAAAAGAGUCAGAAGAUUACGCCUCCAAUUUUCCUCUCCGCAUGAAGAGGAUCAGGUAGUUCCAGAGAUUAAAUACAUAAAAACGGAAGAUGAUGACAACAAGUGGACAAGUUCUUGAUAGUUUUGUUUUAGCUUAUAACACGAUAGGUCGGUUUUUGAUUGGUGUUAGGGA